CAGGCCCAACCGAGCAAGUCCACACACACGACUCCUCCCCACUCCGCCGGCGGCGAGCUCUCGCCGAUGACCACCGCGCGGUUCGUCUCCACAUCCCCCGCUCACCUAUCCUCCGCGUGGACCUCCCCGGUCCCCGAAUCUUUGGGGAGGGCUAGCGGUCGGGUCGCCGCCUUCCCCUCUCGGCCGCAUGGUGUACUGCUUCAUCUGAGGUCGUCGCCUGUCAUGGCCGCCGCUGGCGUCGGCGGAAACGGCUCCCCUACCGCUCCCGGAGACUGUGAAGGUGGGCCGUCCAGGAUUAGAGAGGUUAAGAGGGUGACCAAGGAGACAAAUGUGCAUGUGAAGAUAAACCUUGAUGGCACUGGUGUUGCUGACUGCAGCACUGGGAUACCGUUCCUGGAUCACAUGCUCGAUCAACUGGCAUCCCAUGGACUGUUUGAUGUGUACGUUAAGGCAACAGGUGACACACACAUUGAUGAUCAUCACUCAAACGAGGACAUUGCUUUGGCAAUUGGAACGGCACUACUUCAAGCACUUGGUGAUCGAAAAGGAAUUAACCGAUUUGGGCAUUUUAUAGCACCACUCGAUGAGGCAGCGGUUGAGGUUAUACUUGAUCUAUCUGGUCGUCCUCAUUUAAGCUGUGGCUUAGAUAUUCCUACUGAGCGAGUUGGCACAUAUGAUACACAGCUGGUUGAGCACUUUUUCCAGUCUCUUGUGAAUACAUCAGGGAUGACGCUGCACAUCCGUCAGCUUGCUGGGAAAAACUCGCAUCAUAUUAUUGAGGCGUCUUUCAAAGCAUUUGCUAGGGCCCUUCGACAAGCAACAGAGUAUGACUUGCGCCGUCGCGGCACUGUCCCCAGCUCAAAAGGCGUUUUGUCAAGGUCAUAGCGUUACAAGUUCAGAUGAGCGCAUGUUCUUGUUCCUUGUAACUCGCACCGAUCAGAUGAAACAAACAGAGCGACCAGCUACAGCUUGGUUUCUUCUACUUACAUUGGGGGUCUGCAUUGUUCUCAGCAACAAAGCAUGCAAUCCUUAUAACAGAGGUAUAAUGUAUCUGCACGCUAUUGCAAUUUUGUCUGCUCUCUGGAGUCCCGAGAUACUUGAAGAUCGAAAGGUCUAAACAACCUGCGAGUCCGAAAACUACUUGGAUUCGGGAAUAGCUGCGUCUUGUAUGAACUUGCAACCUGGAUCCUGAUUUUGUCCGCACACAUUUGUAAUGUUUGUUGAAAAAGGUAAGCAAUUCUAUUUGCUCACA